GAAAUUAGAGGAUGGUGAUAUUUUAAAUGUGGAUGUAAUUGUGUACUACAAAGUUGUCCAUGGAGAUCUUAAUGGAACAUUCUUUGUGGGGGACAUUGAUGAAACAUAUCAACAGCCGGUUCACUGUACUUAUGAGUGCUUGGAGAAAGCAAUGUCAAUUG